UUGUCAUUUAUUUCUUUAGCGAUUAUUUCCGCAGUUACAUUUUUUGUUUUUCUUCGAAUUUGUGUUUUAAUUAAUAUUAAGUGCACGUUUAAAAUAUAAUUUACACAAAAAUGUUGUUCUGAAAUAUCUAUUAUUUAUUGUGCCAACGAUCUUUUCCGCGUUCAGCCAGCAGCGAUGAAUUCCGAUUUCUUCUGCAGCUUUGGCAGAUGUUUUCCACGAAGAUUCGCUUGCUAUUUGAUUUUAUGCAUAUAUUUUCGGCUAGCCAACACUCUGGCCGAUGUUUCCUCUAGGAACGCUAACGCCCUCUCUGCCACAUUCACCACCACCACUUUGGCCAUACAAACUGAUUUGAAGCCCAUAAAUGGUACAAUAAAUUAUCGUAUAAAUGGAAAAACGAAUCGAGACAAUAAACCUUGGUUCGAUGGGCGCGGUUUGGAUAUGCAGCACACACAGUGUGUGCGACAUGGACGCUGCGAAAAGCUUGUCAACAGCACUUGUUUGGGUGCUAAAAUUCCGUAUAACUUCACUAGCCUUGAUCUCACUGACUACCGGAAUCAGGAGCAAAUGUUGAAGCACUUACACAGCUAUCGCGCCCUGAGAAAUGUACCGAAAUGCUGGGCAGUCAUACAGCCAUUUCUUUGCUCCGUGUUUAUGCCAAAGUGUGAACAAAUGAAUGGCAAGGACAUGGUGUAUCUGCCUUCGGUAGAAAUGUGUCGCAAGACUUGGGAACCGUGUCGCAUACUCUACAACACAUCAUAUUUUCCCGAGUUUCUACGUUGUAAUGAAACUUUAUUUCCUCCAAAGUGUACGAACGAUGUGCAAGAGAUGAAAUUUAAUGCUACUGGUAGCUGUCUCGCUCCACUGGUGCCAGUAGAAUCGAGUAGUAGCAACUAUCCUGGCAUUGAAGGUUGUGGUGUGCAAUGCAAAGAUCCUUUGUACACCGAUGAUGAGCAUCGGCAAAUACAUAAAUUAAUUAGUUGGCUUGGUACAAUAUGCUGUCUCGCAAACUUUUUUGUGGUGGCCACUUUCGUAAUUGAUUGGGAGAAUGCAAAUAAAUAUCCAGCACUGAUCGUAUUCUACAUCAAUUUGUGCUUCAUGAUUGUAUGUUUGGGGUGGUUGGCACAGUUUACACCCGGGUCGCGCGAAGAUAUCGUGUGCCGCAAAGAUGGCACCUUACGUCAUUCGGAACCCACAGCCGGUGAGAAUCUUUCCUGUAUCGUCGUUUUUGUGCUGGUAUACUAUUUUCUUACCGCUGCGAUGGUUUGGUUUGUCUUUCUUACGUACACUUGGCACCUACGAGCUGUGGGCAACGUUCAGGACCGUAUUGAUAAAAAAGGCUCUUACUUUCAUUUAGUCGCGUGGUCUCUACCCCUUGUGCUAACCAUCACCACAAUGGCGCUGAGUGAAGUAGAUGGCAAUAGUACUGUUGGAAUUUGCUUUGUUGGGUAUUUGAAUCAUCCGAUGCGAGCUGGCUUAUUGCUGGGACCAUUGUGCGGCGUUAUAUUGGUAGGUGGCUACUUUGUCAUACGCGGCAUGAUAAUGCUUUUUGGAUUAAAACACUUUGCAAACGACAUUAAAUCGGCAUCGGCAAGCAAUAAGAUUCAUCUAAUUAUUGUGAGGAUGGGGCUCUGUUCGGUAUUUACGCUUUUAUUUAUACUAGCUGCCAUUGCAUGCCACGUAAAUGAGUUUCGAAACUCCCACCAAUGGGCCGAGAGCUUGCGGAUGUUCAUUAUCUGCCGCAUUUCAACCGAAGAGCAGUGUAGAAUUGAAAAUCGGCCCAGCAUUGCCUUGUUGCAGCUGCAUUUACUCUGCCUCUUUGGAUCGGGGAUUGUCAUGUCAACAUGGUGCUGGACACCUUCAUCAAUAGAAACUUGGCGGCGUUACAUAAGAAAAAAAUGUGGUAACGAAGUCGCCGAGGAUGUUAAAAUGCCAAAACACAAAGUUAUUGCCCAAACUUGGGCCAAACGCAAGGAGUUUGAGGAUAAGGGGAGGCUCUCUAUUACUCUGUAUAAUACACAUACCGAUCCUGUAGGUUUGAACUUCGACGUAAAUGAUCUAAAUUCUUCUGAAACAAAUGAAAUUAGUUCAACAUGGGCAAAUUAUUUGCCACAAUUUGUUAAGCGUCGCAUGGCUCUCACCGGUGCGGGAACCACAAACUCUUCCAGUCAAGGCCCUCGAAAAAAUUCCGUUGACUCAGAAAUAAGUUUUAGCGUACGUCAUGUUUCUGUGGAAUCGCGACGAAAUUCUGUGGACUCUCAGGUAUCUGUGAAAAUCGCCGAAAUGAAAACAAAAGUUGCCUCGCGCUCGCGAAGCAGCCAUCAUCAUCACAACCACAGCAGUAAACAGGCGUCUGCCACGAACAAGCGCUCACAAAAACGACGCGACUUUAUAUCCUCAGCCACUUCUGGCCGUAAAUAUAGUGGACGUCGAGAGAGCAGCACUUCCAUUGAGUCGCAAGUCAUUGCCUUGAAAAAGACUACAUAUCCGAACGCAAGUCACAAAGUCGGUUUAUUUGCCCAUCAAAGUACAAAGAAGCAUCAUACACAUGGUAGCAAAAUGAUGAAGCGGCGCAGCGCAAAUGCGGGUUUGGAUCCCGCUGAUAUCAGUGCAUUUUUGGCCAAAAACGGCCAGUUCUUAAUGCCUUUCCUCCAGCAGCAAGGCUUAAGCAGCUCGUCCGAUGCGGACAAUUCUCAUGCUUCAUUCAAAAUUCAAGAUUCCCGCUUAGACGUAGUACUGAAGCAAGAUCUAAGUGACGACUACAACGACGGCGGGAAUAUAGAUGCACAGCCUCGCAAUGGCCCACGAAUCGAAGAAAUAGACACAGAUAUUCAUGAGCGCAAUAUUAAAAAACAAAUAGCGUUAGAAAAUUUACUAAAAAAUAUGCAGCAGUCUAAUGAAUCGGCCACAAAUCGAAAUUCUCGCAACUCCACACGCAGUCGUCAUUCACGAAAAUCCCAGGCUACCAGUUCCGCUGCUGUUGCUGCGGCGGCCGUAAUGGCCAAUGGCAAUAAUCGGCGUUCCCAACGCAGUGGCAAAGGAAGAAAACAAAGUUCUAGGCGUUCGAAUGUCGCUGCAGUCGCCGCAUUGCAGAAGGACGAUGAAAAUGUUCUUAAUAUUUCCGAUAUGAAUUUGCAUUUAGCACGAGAUCUCAAUUGUGAUGCUGCUGAUUCCUUUACUUCAUCAUGCACAUCCUCUGAACUCGACUUGCCACUGGUCUUAACAUUACAUAGCUCGUACUCCGGACUAUCUACCGGCAAGCCAAAUUCACGAAGCAGCAAAACUAGCUGCGAUGUGGGUAUACAAGCCAAUGCCUUUGAAAUAGCUACGCACAAUUUAACAUCCUACGACGAAGAUGAACUGAAAAUGGCUAUGCGACAAUUAAAUGCAAAGGGUGUGCGCCAGAAAAGUGAAUAUGCAGAUGAGGCAGUUGAUGCAACCGAAAUGCAAACGUUGUUGCACAACAACAAUAAGCACAAGGAAGCAAUGUUGUUGAGCGAAUCCGAGAAACUAAAAUUAUUGUUGCUGCCAUCGAAAUAGAGUUGAAUGGGCGAGCACAUACAUACAUACAUUCAUAUAAACAUAUAAUGCUCAAUAAGAUCUGAAAGGAACCGCUGAUCUAAACGUUCUUCAAUCUCAGAAAUCACUUUUUGAUUUUGUACUUAUUUUAAAAUGCACUGUGGUGUGAUUUUUAAUUACUCCUAGGAAGAG